AUGCCAAACGAUCCAUCUGAUAACCAAUUGAAGAAUUACAAGGCGACUUAUCCAAAGCCGCAGGUGAUUACCACUUCAAAUGGAGCUCCAAUCUACACUAAAACAGCCGUGUUGACAGCUGGUAGACGUGGACCAAUGCUUAUGCAAGAUGUUGUAUACAUGGAUGAAAUGGCCCAUUUCGACCGUGAACGUAUUCCAGAACGUGUUGUUCAUGCGAAAGGAGCUGGAGCUCAUGGAUACUUUGAAGUAACUUAUGAUAUUUCAAAGUACUGCAAGGCUGAUAUCUUCAAUAAAAUUGGAAAGCAAACUCCACUUCUUAUUCGUUUUUCAACUGUCGGAGGAGAGAGUGGUUCUGCUGAUACUGCCCGUGAUCCACGUGGAUUUGCAAUCAAGUUUUAUACCGAAGAAGGAAAUUGGGAUUUGGUUGGAAACAACACUCCCAUCUUUUUCAUCCGUGAUCCAAUUCACUUCCCGAACUUCAUUCACACUCAAAAGAGAAAUCCUCAAACCCACUUGAAGGAUGUAAAUGCGAUGUUCGAUUUCUGGCUCCACAGACCAGAAGCUCUUCAUCAAGUGAUGUUUUUGUUCUCUGACAGAGGACUUCCAGAUGGAUACCGUCAUAUGAAUGGAUAUGGAUCUCAUACAUUCAAGAUGGUUAAUAAGGAAGGAAAACCAGUUUAUUGCAAAUUUCACUUCAAGCCAACUCAAGGAGUGAAAAAUCUCACUGUGGAACAAGCUGGACGUCUCGCUUCUGAAGAUCCAGAUUAUUCGAUUCGUGACUUAUUCAAUGCUAUUGAGAAGGGAGACUUCCCAGUUUGGAAGAUGUUCAUCCAGGUCAUGACAUUCGAACAAGCCGAGAAAUGGGAGUUCAAUCCAUUCGAUGUUACCAAAGUCUGGCCACAUGGAGACUAUCCACUCAUUGAAGUUGGAAAGAUGGUUCUCAACAGAAAUCCAAGAAACUAUUUUGCCGAGGUUGAGCAAUCUGCUUUCUGUCCAGCCCAUAUUGUCCCAGGAAUUGAAUUCUCUCCAGAUAAAAUGCUUCAAGGUCGUGUCUUCUCAUACACUGACACUCAUUUCCAUCGCCUUGGUCCGAAUUACAUCCAACUUCCUGUCAAUUGCCCAUACCGGUCUCGUGCUCACAACACUCAACGAGAUGGAUCAAUGGCUUACGACAAUCAACAACAUGCUCCAAACUAUUUCCCGAAUAGUUUCAACUAUGGAAAGACACGUUCUGAUGUCAAAGACACCGUCUUCCAAACCGUUGGGGAUGUUGAUCGUUAUGAGACUGGAGACGAUCACAACUAUGAGCAACCACGUCAAUUCUGGGAGAAAGUGUUGGACACUGGAGCACGCGAAAGAAUGUGUCAGAACUUUGCAGGAGCACUCGGAGGAUGUCAUGACUUCAUUGUUUCUGGAAUGUUGGAUCAUUUCACUAAAGUUCAUCCAGACUUUGGAGCUCGUGUCAAGGCAAUCAUUCAGUCUCAGACUCGUUCUCACAUCUAA